GAGGCGGCGGGAAGCCGCGGCUCCUCUCUUUCGGUUUUUAUUUGUAGUUUUUAAGAACCGUGAUGAAGCCGCCGGCGUUGCUGCGGGGGCUCCCGUUUCUUGUGUCCUUGCUGGCACACAUCCGCUGUGAUGACGUGUUUGGUGUCUUGGGAGAAAAUUUUACUUUUCCAGUAAAAAUAGACCAAGCAAUAAUGGAAAUUAUUUGGACAAAAAACAAGGAUAAAGUGGCUGAAUGGGAAGGGCAAGGCGAAACGACAUAUUUUCCUUCUUUCCAGUACAGAAGCUUGCUUAGCAAGGAGAAUGGGUCCUUGACUAUAUUUAACUUGGAAUACAGUGAUGCUGGCACAUAUGUGUUAGACUGCUUGGAUUCUAGGAAAAAAAAUCAUGUCUUAACCUUCAUACUUGCUGUGUUAGCUCCUCCCUCAGAACCUGAGAUAAAUUGCAACAUCACUGGCGAUAAACUUGUGUUAAAAUGUACAGCAGAUUUCCAGAAGCCUCUGAAUUAUGUUUGGAAGUUCAGUAGCAACAAAAAAACUCAUCAGACCCAGGAAGUUUCCACCAAUAAUAAGGAUGUUGACAUUUCCGAGAAAGCUGCAUAUUUCAUUAAAUUCUCUCAAACGGAAAAGAGCUCUGAAAUCUCUUUGAUUCAAUGCUAUCCAGAUGGAAAAGGAGACAGCUAUAACAAAAGAAGCAGAGGUGCUGUUAUUGCGGUUUCCGUUCUCUUCAUUGCAGCUGUAGGAAUAGCAGUAGCAGUAUACCUAUACAGAAAAGGUAGAACUAAACUUGGAACAGAAAAAGCUGCUCAGAACAGUCUCGCACCUGGCUCAGAAGAUCGGCUGCUUUGCCCUGUGGACAGACAAGAACAGCCUAACUUAGAGAGAGCCAUAUCUUCACAAACUGUUGACUGUGAGAAUGAAAAGCCUAAAGCAGAACCCUCUGCUAUGCAGAACAGCACCCUGACAUCCACGUGUGCAGCUGACUGUGGUGUAACUGAGGGAGACACCUUGAAGGAGAACAGCAGCUUGCUGGCCGAGCAUGGAGAUGACUGUGGUGUGAAUGAAGCAGAAGUCACCCAGGAUGCAGAAGGUGGAAAUGGGGAGCACCUGAGCAACUCUUCCAGCUGCAGUAAAUAAGAUCUUAAAUUAUAAGCAAAUAAUUGCUUUGUGGACUACACAACAGUGGAAGAGAAGCAGUAAAAUUCAACGGUGAAGGAACUGUUGUUGUUUUCUCUUAGAGGUUUCCCACGAGCACUGAAGUCAUCCAUAAAGAACUGUUGAAGACUAGCUGAGCUGUUUCCAGCGCCUGUUUUUCUUUUCUCAGAAGAGACAGCCUCCGCUUCUGGUGUCAUUGCAUGAAGAUAAAUAGGCUGAAUCGUGGUCAAAAUAUUUGGAAUUGUUUUGUAUCUUUUUAACAAACAGUGCUGUACUAACACAAAAUGUAAGAGUGAAGACUUUUUUUAUAACUGAUACUUAGAAAUUAACAAAGGCAUAUCCAUUUGCAUGAAUGUGGAUAAAUCGAAAACUAGUAAGCUUUCCAUGCAGUUUUGGAUCAGUACCUUUUUACAGACAAAAGACAGACAGUUCAUCCUUCAGCAGUUCAAGAUGGAUGGAAGUUUGCUAGUUCUCUAGCAGGACCUCGAUGCUCCAGACAAAUAUUCAAGACAGCUAUCUCCUGGAGUUGGCAGAAGACUGUCAAACUGAUCAUCUCCUGAUGGUGGUUGACUUUGUGAUAAAGCUACAAUUCAGUUCGCUGUUGCAUUGUAACAAAGCUGCUUCUAUUAGCAUUGUUUUGGGGUUUUUCCUAGAACUUCGGAUAUUUUUUUCACUUUUGGGGUUGGGUUUUUUUAUGUCUUAACUGCUUCACAUUAUUCUAAGACAAUGUCAACCUAACUAUUUUUAAAAAAUAAUAUAUUUUUAGGUUGCUUGUGAUUGGAAAGAAAACUUGAAAACUGAGGUCAUAUGUACACUGAAGCUCAAAAAGAAUGAAAGAGCGAAGAAUAUCAUAUAUUAAUGUUUUCAGAGCAUCAAGCUAUGGAGCAUGUUCUGUGAAUUCUGCAUGCUAGUUUAUGAAAGUUGAAAGUUGAUUGUGAACUUGGUAUGUGUAAAGAAUCAUGAAGGUUUGACAAUGAUAACCAGAGAUCAGAAACUCCCUUUUCAUCUUCCCUUUUGCUUCAAAUUUCACCCAUUAUCUCACGUUCCCCCACCAGGCACUACUAUGAAGAACAUGUCUUGAUGAUUUGUGGGUACAGGAAGGCUGCUGUUAGGGACCCUUCCAAAGCCUACUCUUCUUCAGGCUUGGACAAGUAUGGUGCUUUCAGCUUUUCCUCCUAGUACAAGUGCUCAGACUGUCUUGGUAGCCCUCCAUUGAAUUUGCUCCACUUUUAUUGAUAUCUGUCUUCUUCAAGGGGUCUAAAACUGGAUGCAGUAUUCUAAAUUCAGUCUAAUGUGUGCUGAGUAGAGGAGGGAUAAUCAUUACCCUCAAUCUACUGUCUAAGCUCCUGUUAUGCAGCCCAGCAUGCUGUUGGCUGCCUUUGCUGCCAGGGUACACUGCUGGCUCAUGUUUGGCUUGCUGCUUACUGAGAUCACCCUCCUUCCUUUCAGCAGAACUGCUCCCAUGCCAGCCAGACCCUAGCUUCUGUCAUUGCAAGUGACAUCUGCAAUGCUUCAUAUUUGUCCUUUUAAAAUUUUUAUCUAGGUCUCUCUGACAGCCCAGGCCUCUAGCAUGUUGACUCAUUCUCCCCAAUUUGGUGUCAUCUGCAAACUUGACAAGACUGCACUUUAUCCCCUCCUCCAGACCACAGAUGGAUGUUAAAAGGGACUAGUUCCUGCAAAGACCCUUGUAGUACUCCACUUGUUUCAGCUACCAGCUAGAGUACAACCUGUUAGCCACUAUCAUUUAAGCUCAAUCAUCCAACCAGUUCUUUACCUAUCUAUAGAAUCAUAGAAUGGUUUGGGAUGGAAGUGACCUUUAAAGAUUGUCUAGUCCAAACCCCCUGUCAUGGCCAAGGGCGUCUUUCACUAGAUCAGGUUGCUUAAAGCCCCGUCCAUCCUGGCCUUGAACAUUCCCAGUGAUGGAGCAUCCCCAGCUUCUCUGGGAAACCUGUUCUUGUGUCUCACUACCCUCAUCAUAGAAAAUAUCAUCCUUAUGUCCAACAUAAUUCUAUUCUCUUUCAGUUUUAAACUGUUGGCCCUUGUUCUGUCACUUCAGGCCCUGGUAAAAAGUCUUUCUCUGUUUGUCUUAUAAGCCCCAUAUAUGUAUUGAAAGGUUGCAAUAAGAUCUUGCAAAGCCUUCUUUUCUCCAGGCUGAACAAUCCCAACUGUCUCAGCCUUUCCUCUCAGGAGAGGUGUUCUAUCCCUCUGAUCAUCUUCAUGGCUCUCCUCUGGCCUCACUCCAACAGAUCCAUGUCUAUCUUGUUCUGGGGACAGUACUUCAGGUAAAUUCUCACAAGAGCAGAGGCAAGGGAGAUGAUCACCUCUCUUGACCUGGAUAUGCUUCUUUUGAUGCAGCUCAGGAUACAAUUGGGUUUCUGAGCUGUAAGUGAACACUGAUGGUUCAUAUCUAAUUUUUUAUCCACCAAUAUAUCCAAGUACUUUUUCACAGGGCUACUCUCAAUCCAUUCAUCUCCCACCCUGUACUGAUAUUGGGAAUUGCCCUGACCCACAUGCAAGACCUUGCACUUGGUCUUGUUGAACUUCAUAAGGUGCAUGGGGCUCACUUUUCAAGCCUGUCCAGGUCCCUCUGGAUGACAUCUCUUCCCUCAAGUUUAUCAACAGCACCACUCAGCUUGGUGUCACCUGCAAACUUGCUGAGGGUGCACUCAAUUCCACUCCAUCUUUCAUUGAUGAAGGUAUUAAAUAGUAUUGGUCCCAGUGCAGACCCUUGAAGAACACCACUCAUUACUCUUUUCCACUUUGACAUUGAGCCAUUGACUGUAAUUCCUUGGACAUGACCAUCCAGCCAGUUCCUCACCCAUACAACAGUCCAUCUAGUUCACCCAUCGAAAUCCUAAUGUUCUAACUUGGAUACAGAAAUAUUAUGGGAGAUGGUGUCAAAAGCCUUACUAAAGACAAAAUAU